AGUUAUUUGCGAUGACAAGAAAGGGGCUUCCCCUUUCGAAAACUGAUAAAGUUUCCAAAAAGCAGACUAUAUAAAUGUCUGUCAUCGAAUAAAAUAUCAAGGUAGAAUUUUGUAUUUUCCAUAAAAGGUGAAGGUAUCUUUUGUCUCUUUAUUAUGAGGUUAUUUUUCACAAUGCUUCCACUAAUUCUGAUCGUCAUUUACUCUACAACUGCCUUCGGUGGUACGCUGUGUCCUCCCAGAGAGGAUAUAUAUCCUUGCAACUGCAUUAAUGUCCCAAUAAACAAGAAACUCAUGCAUACUAUCGUCAACUGUCAUCAUUUACCUCAUUCCGGUGUUCUAUUUAGUAUCAUGCGCUCCUUGAAGCCGGUUCAGAUUGAUCAGUUUCAUAUAUACAAUUCAUUUUGGGAUGCCCACAAGGAUGGGUUAACAGAAACGAAGGCAGUGCUGCCAACAGACUGGUUGACGUUGCUAAGAAUUAAAGAAAUGGAAAUUUACGACUCUGCAUUGUCGUCUUGUUUUGCGUGCCAGUCAAAAUUGACGUGUAAAAACACUGUGACCAACAGAUUUUCAGUUGUCAACAGUUCAAUAUCAGAAAAAAUGUGCACUUUAUGUGAUACUGGGAAAGGCAAUGCUUAUCCUUGGAUCUCGUGUAUGAACAGAUUAAAACAUUUCGAAUAUAGCCAUGGAAAGCUGGUUAACUUUGGACCUGAUAUGUUUCCACUGGACAUGAGAGAAUUGUUAGUGCUAAAUCUGACCCACAACGCUAUCACUUCUGUCCACCGUGAUGCCUUAAAGAAAUUGAAAAAACUCUCUAUGCUUGAUCUUUCUCACAAUCGUCUAGAAUACUUUGACUUCGUGACUACCGACUUAAACAACUUGCAGUUUUUAGACAUCAGCUGGAAUCAAAUAAAAGAAAUUGAUAGCAAGCAGUUUGGCUUCCUGAAAGGACUGAAAUCCUUGAUUUUGGCGAGUAACGAUAUUGUCGAACUGAAGGAAGUAGCUUGGAAAAAUGUACCUAGUAGUAUUACUCUAGUUGAUUUAACGGAUAAUCCAAUUCACUGUGACUGUAACAUUCGUUGGAUAAACGGUACUUUCGUAGUCCAUGUCGCCAUACUUGGAACAUGUUCAUCACCAGAAGACUAUGAAGAUUCCGCUAUACGAAAAGCAUCUCGUAUGCUGAUUGAAAGAUGCGAUGAGGAAGGCAACAUAGGCACAAGAAAGAAAUCAACUGUUACAACGCCCAUGAUUUUAUUUUGAAGCGCCAUGCAAAAUUUUUGUUUUAUAUAAAAACAUCAAUUGUACUGCUCAACACGUUCAAAAUUAAUGUCAACUUUCCAAUUAUAUAUUUGACAGUGGUACAAUGGGUGCUUUCCAAAUACUCUAGAAUAGUUUUUAGUGUUAUUCUUUGAAUAUUAUAAAACUUAAACUGGUAAUUGAAAUGUAAUCAAACGUAUAAAAACCAUCGUAUUACAUAAAAAAUAUGCAUACAAGGUAAAAAUAUUCUAAUUCUUUAUUUUAAUGCAAUUAUCUGCAUAGUAUACUAAAUUUUGUUUGAGAACAAAAUAGUUUUCAAUUGCCUUUUCCUAUAAGAUUUUAUCUUUAUUAUUUGUUGAUUUUCUCUUAUUUGAUUUUCUGUGAUUUUCUUAAGAAGAACAUAACUAAGCCUUUUAUUGAAAUUUAAAUAUUUUAUAAAUCCCGGUUAUUUUAUUAAGGCUUAACUUUUUAUCAUUUUGAGGAAAUGUACUUAUUGAACAGAACAAACAAAAAUUGCCAAAUCCACGAGUAAAAUAUAACUAUUUAGUACAUAAAUUAUAGGAACCUACAAUCGAUAAAUAGAAUUUUAAAUCUUUUAAACAUGCCAAGGUUAUUUGCUUGCGCGAUAACUUUUAGCAUUUUCUAUAAAUGACUUUCUUUUCUGGAAAUAUACGAGAAAUCGAGGUGAUAACAAUUCCGAUUCAUUUAACUACUCUUUGAACAACAUUGCAUUCUUUUGAAUAAUAAACGAUAAAUUUAAUUUUACAAAAUCUUUUUUCUUAUAAUGAUCAAAAGGCAGUACAAUAAAAUCUCGGUUAAACGAACUCGGAUUAACGGAUACUCGGGUUACCCGAAAUAUCUUUGAAUUCUGUAAGUAGCUCAUUUGUGUUGUACAGAAAUAAAUGUUAUGCAAAUGUAUUCUAAGAUUCAUUGGACAAUGCAGAGAAUCAAAGUUUGCUGAGGUUUCUCAAAUGAAAUCAUGACGGAGAUUGUUGUUCAAAGCUUGUGACAGCGGGAGAUUGUUAUUCAAAACUUGCUGGCGUUUUCCAAAUAAAAUGAUGGCGGGAGAUUGUUGUUCGAAAACGUUGAGAGAGAUGAAGAGAAACAAAUAAAAAUUUCUGAGGUUGUCUUAAUGACUAAUUCAAAUACUAUAAAUUAUUAUUAAGUAUGUUGUACAACUACUACAUGUACUUCUAUGUAUUAUAUAUAUCUAUAUAUUAAUGUAUUACUGUAACUUUAAAAAUGUAAUUUUAAUAAAAAGUGUGUGUAUAUAA